AUGAUACUAGCUCUAUUUGAAAAUAUUUCAGAUAGCGCACAAAUCUAGCUUGUAGCACAAAAAGAAGGAAAAAGUGUCUUCUACUUGAACAGUUACCACGCAGGAUAAUUUGAAAUCAGUUGAAGUAAUGGCGACCAAGAGUUCUUUCGAUGGUUCCAGUGGUAAUUGGAGAGAAACAAAGACAGCCGAACAAUGCUUGUCACAUCUUUGUCUGUCUAAAUAUCUCUCUGACAUCAGUUUUGUGUUCAAAGGCAAGAAAGAUGUGAAGCUUCCCGCGCAUAAAUUUGUAUUGAGCAUGCGCAGUGACGUUUUUGAAGCCAUGUUUUAUGGUAGUCUGGCUGAGGGAGGAAACACAAUAUCUAUUGAAGACAUCGAGCCUGAAAAUAUGAAAGAGGUUUUGAGAUUUGUAUAUUCCGAUAAGCCGGAGUUAAAUGGAACUAAUGUGAUGCAAUGUUUGUAUGCGGCGAAAAAGUAUGCGCUUACCGGGCUUGUGAACCAAUGUUCAUCUUUCCUUGAAAAUAACAUAGAAACUAGCAACGUCUGCAUGAUACAUGAACAGGCUGUUUUCUACGAUAUGAAGUAUCUUCAGGAAACAUCCUUUCAGUACAUCCUGGAAAAUGCGCCAGGCGCCUUUUCAUCAGAAGGCUUCCUGCAAAUAUCUCAUACCACAUUGCUUGAUCUAUUCAAACAUGACGAACUGUCGAUGGACGAAGUUGAUGUAUUCAAAGCGGCGUUGAAAUGGUCAAAAAGUAAUUGCGAUUCCAAACGGUUGUCUCCAGAUGCAAAGAACUUGCGGGAAGAUCUCGGCGAGGCUGUUUUUGCAAUCCGCUUCCCCAUUAUGCCAAUUAAAGAUUUUGCAGAGGUUGUAACACCAACAGGAGUACUCACCAGCGAAGAACAGAUUAUGUUGUAUCAGUUUAACGCAACGGAGGGUUCGUCUCAAAUCGGUAAAUUUACUCAUCGCGAAAGAUCGGGAAGUACCGCAGAAGACACAAUUGAUAUUACACAAUAUUCCUACUCUCUGCAUCAAAGAUCCCAGAAUGAUCGAUAUGUUUUACAAAUUCAAGGUCGGCCUAAUAACGAUUAUAGAUACGAUUAUGAUGAUGAGAAUUUUCUUCCCGUGUCAACGAAAAUAACUCCUCUCAAGAUCAAGGCUAUAACUGGUACAUUUGUUAAAAAUGUUGAAACAAUCACAGUCGGAAAUGUUCCCGCUAACUUUAGAACAGUUGGAAAUAAGACAAUAUUUAAGAAUCCAGUGGAAGUGUCAAACGGGGCCAAGGUUCAGUUUCAUUUAAAGGAUCCUAAAAGAUUGAAAGAAAUCCGUGGCUGUUCAUAUCACACGAACAUACAAGCAACCGUAAACGGACGAAUGAUCACAAUCGUUAAAGUUCCGGCUGGUAUGGAAACAAUCUCUUUCGCUAAAUGUUGAUAUACUUGCGAGGUUGUACAAAACAUUAUGUAAAACUUUAUAUUUAUUGUACGUAUUUUGAAAGAAAUCGAUAGUCAAAGAUAGAUUAUUGGAUGCUUAUGCCAGCAGGUGAUUACCAGCGUUCAUGAAUAGCAUCGUUCGCUUGAACGUAGAAAUGAAGUUAUAUUUGGAGAAACAAUUAUAUAAUAAUAAUUGCAAAACAAGUGUGUUUAAUAUAAGCAACGACUCAAAUCUGUCUGAUCAGUAUCGGAAGAUUGUUAUUAAAACCUGUAGAAAUACUAAACAAGAAAUAUAUUAAAAAGAUAAACGGCGGAUUUACAUGAAUAAAGGUUUAAUGUUUUGUCAUUCGCUAAGCUAAACUGAGGCUUGUUAUUUCCAAAAAAUAAAAGAAAGAAAAAAAAGACAUCCUAGUUGAUCAGUAAAGUUAAAUUUAUCUGUACACAAAGUAAUUUCUACAAAUUUCUUUUCCUUAUGCGUGUUUUAAGUAUACAUUCCAAAUAUCAUAGAGAUUUAUAAUGCUUUAAAACAGUCGAGAAAUGUCUCGCAGUAACACAUGUUCUGGUGUUAACGAGUAAAAAAUAUUUUUGUAGCUGUGUUGUAAGUGUAUUUGAUAUGUUAUAUUUAUAAAUAUAGGAAACAGUGUUAACUUAUUGUAAAUAUUUUGUUAGAUAUUUUAUGUUCUAAAUGAUAUGUAUCAGAAACUUAUUUUAUCCGUAUUACUAACUUACUCGAGGUCAUGUAAAUGCCAAGUUCACACAAACAGUAUAAAAAUAUGAAUGUUUAAAUAGCUUACCUUGACAAUACCUUGAAUUAUUUAUCUCAUUGUGUUUAUCAUUUCUUGCAUACAGAUAUGUAAAUGUACAAUAAUUCUGUCAUGAUUGUUGAUUCCAAGGACGUUUGCAGUAUUUAAUUGAAUUAUAACGGGGUAUUAGGGUCGGAGCGAUGAUGGAGGGAGAGUCCUUUAUUUAUUUUCGUUUUUGUCGUGUUGAACGACCUGUGAAGUUUCCAUUUUUCUCUAUGGAAUAUUUUCUGCUUGUGCAAAGAAAAAAAAGAGCACGUUUUUGUUAAAAUGUUACGGUUUACGCAAGAAAGAAAUGUUUUGAACAUACAAUUUAAAGUUUAUAUUGUGUAUAUAGACAUGCAUAUUUUCAAAUAAAGCUAUAUCAUA